ACAACAGAUCUGAAUGUUGCUCUCAAUGAAUGUAUGGUAGCUGUGAAUUUCUUUCUGAAUAACAAGUUGCAAGAUGCCUUUGCUUCUCUGCAAACUAAAAAAAAGGAUAGCAUGUAUCAUGCUCUGACUUAUGCUACCAUUCUGGAAAUUCAGGCCAUGUUGACCUUUGACUCCAGGGACAUAUUGAAUGCUGGAAACACAAUGGAAGAAGCUCAAGUUAUAUGUCAGAAGUUUCAGAAAAAGUCUUCGGUAGCAGACUCUUUCAACAAUUUAGUGUACAAACAGAAUCUUGAUCAAUUAACUGAAGAAGAAAUCCAUGCAGAAAUUUGUUAUGCUGAAUGCUUGCUUCAGAGAACUGCUCUUACAUUCCUCCAGGAUGAAAGCAUAAUUAGCUUUGUGAAAGGCAGCAUCAAAAUAAGAAAUAGUUAUCAAAUUUAUAGGGUACUGGAGAAUCUAAUACAGUGCCCCAGUUAUGUUAAAGGAGAAAAUCAUCCCCAUUCUGAAGUUGGUGUAAAGUUGGGAGUUGGAGCAUUUAAUCUGGCCAUCAGAAGGUUUGAGGAAUGUUGUGAAGCCCAGUAGCUUUGGAAACAGUUCCAUCAUAUGUGCUACUGGGCACUGAUGUGGUGCUUCACAUAUAAACACCAGUGGAAGAUGGCCUAUUUCUAUGCAGAUCUGCUUAGCAAAGAGAAUACCUGGUCAAAGGUGACUACUUAUGUAUUUAUGAAAGCUGCCUACCUCAGCAUGUUUAGAGCAAAAGAUUAUAAACCUUUUGGAGAUGAUGAAAUUGAGCUAUUUAGGGCUGUGCCUAGUUUGAAACUGAAAAAAGCAGGGAAAUCCUUGCCUACAGAAAAGUUUGCAGUUUGGAAAUCCCGGAGAUACCUUUCCCCAAAUGCUGUUCGACUUCCUGUGCCUGUUUUGGAAAUGAUGUAUAUCUGGAAAGGUUAUGCAGUGAUUGGGAAGUGCCCAGAUUUAACUGAAAACAUGUUGGAGUCCUUAGCAGAGGCAGAAACAAUCCUGGAAAAAGGCCCAGCUACAAAUUUUCUUGUUGAUGACCAUUGCAUGAUAAAGCUUCUGAAAGGGCUAUGCUUAAAACAUUUGGGCAAGAUUUCGGAAGCAGAUCACUUUACUUAUAUUCACUUCAAGUAAGUUUCUUUAAAUGAAAAGAAGAUCAAGUAUGAUCAUUACUUAAUUCCAAAUGCGCUGCUUGAACUUGCUUUAUUAUAUCUGGAUCAAGAUAAAAUAGAAGAAGCAGUUAAGAUCCUGGAAAGAGCAAAGCAAAAUUAUAAGAAUUAUUCCAUGGAAACAAGGACACACUUCAGAAUUCAAGCUGCUUUGCAUCAAGCCAAAUCUCUCCCAGAUGAUGAUGAUCAUUCUAUAGCAACUGUGGUUUUCUAAUGUUAUUCUGUUUUUUUUAAUCAGUUCAUUUGGUGUACAGAUCUUCACAGAUGGAUAUUACUGGCAAUAUUUUAAAAUGGUUUCCAUGUUCACAUUCAGCAUAAAUGUUUUUAAUUUUAAAAAUUCUGAGGAAUAAACUCUAAAAAGCAGUAUUUCUUUCGUUAUCUCUGUGUGCUAUUUUCAGCUAGUUAUAAGCAUUUUGAAAUAUACUUGUUAAGUUGAUGAAUAAUAGGAAAUAAACUAGUAGAACCUUGAAGACUUCACCUUGAUCAGAUUCAGAUGGUUAUUAAUUUUUAAAAGUACUAAUUAGGUUGGAUCUUAUUUUCUU